UAAACCACAUUUCUCCUUCUGGCUCUCUCUCUUCCUAAGUUUUCUCUCUCUUUAAAACUAUAGAGAGAGAAAAGCCUCCAUUUUCUCAAGGCAAUCUCUCUCUCUACAUCAUUCCAUAAACCCAUUACACAAAAGCCCGCCAUUGUUACACUCAAAGAGAAGAGAAGAGACAAGGAAAAAAUGGAAGGUGUUUCACCAAAGUUUGUGUUGCCGGAGACAUUCGACGGCGUGAGGAUGGAGAUCACAGGGCAACUAGGCAUGAUCUGGGAGCUUGUAAAAGCACCAGUGAUUGUCCCUCUUCUUCAAUUAGCUGUUUACAUCUGUUUGCUUAUGUCUGUCAUGCUUUUAUGUGAGAGGGUUUACAUGGGAAUCGUCAUCGUUCUCGUCAAACUCUUCUGGAAAAAACCAGACAAACGUUACAAAUUCGAGCCCAUUCACGAUGAUGAAGAGCUUGGUAGCUCCAAUUUCCCAGUCGUCCUCGUACAAAUCCCCAUGUUCAACGAACGAGAGGUUUAUAAGCUAUCAAUAGGAGCGGCGUGUGGACUCUCUUGGCCGUCCGAUCGUCUCGUGAUUCAAGUGUUAGAUGACUCAACAGAUCCUACUGUUAAGCAAAUGGUGGAAAUGGAGUGCCAAAGAUGGGCAAGUAAAGGAAUCAAUAUUAGGUAUCAAAUAAGAGAAAAUAGAGUUGGUUACAAAGCCGGUGCUUUAAAGGAAGGACUCAAACGUAGUUAUGUCAAACAUUGUGAGUAUGUUGUCAUCUUCGACGCCGAUUUUCAGCCCGAACCGGAUUUUCUUCGCCGUAGCAUUCCUUUUCUCAUGCACAAUCCCAACAUUGCCUUGGUUCAGGCCCGAUGGCGGUUCGUAAAUUCUGAUGAGUGCUUAUUGACAAGGAUGCAAGAAAUGUCGUUGGAUUACCAUUUCACUGUUGAGCAAGAAGUCGGUUCAUCAACACAUGCUUUUUUCGGCUUCAACGGAACCGCCGGAAUCUGGAGAAUAGCGGCGAUAAAUGAAGCUGGCGGGUGGAAAGAUAGGACCACCGUGGAAGAUAUGGAUCUCGCCGUCCGAGCUAGUCUUCGCGGCUGGAAAUUUCUCUACCUCGGUGACCUUCAGGUGAAAAGUGAACUUCCAAGUACUUUUAGAGCCUUCCGUUUUCAGCAACAUAGAUGGUCUUGUGGACCUGCAAAUCUCUUUAGGAAAAUGGUUAUGGAGAUCAUAAGAAACAAGAAAGUGAGAUUCUGGAAGAAAGUGUAUGUGAUCUACAGUUUCUUCUUUGUGAGGAAAAUCAUUGCACAUUGGGUUACAUUUUGUUUCUACUGCGUUGUUCUUCCUCUUACUAUUCUCGUCCCCGAAGUUAAAGUUCCGAUUUGGGGUUCCGUUUAUAUCCCUUCCAUCAUCACUAUCCUCAACUCAGUCGGUACUCCAAGGUCGAUUCAUCUGCUGUUCUAUUGGAUUCUAUUUGAGAAUGUGAUGUCGUUGCACCGGACAAAGGCUACUCUCAUUGGUCUAUUUGAGGCAGGAAGGGCUAACGAAUGGGUCGUGACUGCUAAGCUUGGGAGCGGUCAGAGUGCUAAAGGAAACACAAAAGGGCUCAAAAGGUUCCCAAGAAUCUUCAAAUUGCCUGAUCGAUUGAAUACAUUGGAGCUUGGAUUCGCGGCGUUCUUGUUCGUGUGUGGAUGCUAUGACUUUGUGCACGGGAAGAACAAUUACUUCAUCUACUUGUUUCUUCAGACAAUGUCUUUCUUCAUCAGUGGGCUUGGCUGGAUCGGGACUUAUGUCCCGAGUUAGUAGAGUUGUGUUCUGGUAACAUGUUUCAGGGAGAAAAGAGAAGGUUAUUAAUUUUUCUGGAGAAAUAAAGACAAUUUUAAAUGACAAAGGAAAAUUGAUAGGGGAGAUAGAGACGUACCGGUAACAAGUAGGAAGAAAGGAGACUUUUAUCAAAAGACAAGGAAAGAGGAGAAACUCCGAAGUGUUUCUUUUGAUUUAUUUUCAAUUUUUCUGUGUUUUAUUUACAAAUAUUUAGCUAUGGGAUUUAUUUGUGAUUCAGUAAUUGUGAGACUUCAAUUUUUGUUCUUUCUUUUUCUUUUUCUUUUCUUGGUUUUUGGGUUUUUUUUUUUUUAAAGUGUUAGUUUUUUUUUUCUUUUGUUUUUUAUGAUUUAGAAUUCAAGAUUCUGCUUGAGCUACAAGUGUUUAGAUUGAUGCAAGGGUUCAAAAUUCCUAGUUGUCAUCAA